GAGCAGCCGGGCCGACAGCGAGCUCAGGCGUGACUCAGGUGGAGGCACUGGCCCCUGCGAGUGAGUGGAUCCUGCUCGAGUAUUUGUGGGAUCUCGUGUGGUAAUAUUCAUGUUCAACAACUUCAAGACACAGUUUAGUUGUUUUUAUUUUUAUUUUUAGUUUUAAUUGAAGGUAGUAUUCACAAUGUAUUCAGAAUAUUUUCAGUAUAAAAUGUAAAUAACAAUGAUUAAAUACGUAGUUUGAUGGUAAUACAGGAGCAUCCAUAUUACGAGGGCCUACCCCCUUGCCUUCAUAUAAACCAUGCAACAUCACUUCGCCCUGAAGCAGCACACGAGCAAUACUUGCGUCUCGUGAACGUGUCGCUCUGGCGGAGCAGUGGUAGCGUGCCUCGCUCCCCCUACUGGCGCGAGCAGGGCAGCGCCGCCUGGUUCCCUCCUGGUGCUCCAGGGCUCCCUGGAGGGGGGAGGGGGGGGAGCUGCACCGCCUGGAGGGGGAGUUCGUUGCACCGCGGUACUGUUAGCGAGUGGGUCAGGGAAGUGUGUCGCGGUCACUGUCACGACCAGCCAGUCUGCAGCCGGCGACGACUGCGCCAGCAUCAGCAGCUCAGGGCCACAGACAGCUGGGCAGGAACCAUGUCCCGGCUCUGGCUGAUCAUCAUCUGCGCCGCGCUGUUGCCGGGCGUGCUACCGGCCAGCAGAUACGUGCCCAAGUGGAAGAAGCAGGCGUGCGAGAUUCCGGCCAGAGAGAACCAGAACAGCCACUACGUGUGCACGGACAAUGGCGACGUGAAGUGCCUGCCAGGCUGGACCGGAGACCUGUGUGACGUGCCCCUCUGCCGCAAGGGCUGCGACCCCCUGCAAGGCUACUGCAAGCGGCCAGGGGAGUGUCGCUGCAAGCUGGGGUUCUACGGCGAGCUGUGCAACAAGUGCAUCGGCCUGAUUGGCUGCCAGUACGGCUCCUGCAACGCCAGCUUCGACUGCAACUGCCUGCCGGGCUGGGACGGCAUGUUCUGUUCUGACCCCAUAUGCCACAACGACUGCCACAAGACCAGAGGGUACUGCCAGUGGCCCGGGGAAUGCAGGUGCCGGCUGGGCUGGGCGGGGCGUACCUGCGAGGACUGCCAGGUGCUCCCGGGCUGCCAGCACGGCUACUGCAACCGCCCCCUGGAGUGCCGCUGCCACGAGGGCUUCACCGGCAUCCUGUGUCAGACCCCCAUCUGCGCGGAGAACUGCAACCGAGAGCGCGGCUACUGCAGGAAGCCCGACGAGUGCAGGUGCCGUGUCGGCUGGUGGGGCAAGAACUGCGACACGUGCUUCCCGUACCCCGGCUGCAAGCACGGCUCGUGCAACCGGCCGUGGGAGUGCAACUGCGAGCCGGGCUGGGGCGGAGCGCUGUGCGACCAAGAGCUGACGCACUGCCGCGACCACCCCGACGCCUGCGAGAACGGAGCGACGUGCGUGAGCCUCAGCGAGGAGGACGGCGGCUACCGCUGCCUGUGUGCCGAGGGCUACACCGGCCGCAGCUGCGAGGUGGAGAAGUACACCACCUCCAGCACCACGCCCGCCCCGCUCGACGCCAACGCCACGCUCCAGGAGCCCUGAGGGCCGCCCCGGGGGGGCCUACCUGCGGCUCUCUCAACAACUGUUUGUUACUAACACAGUCACCUCAUCAGCAACUCCCUGUUCCAGACAACCUCUGACAAAACAAAAAUCUCAACAAUUUGUAACAGGUGUUGGAAAUAAGGUAAAAAUUGGUAUUUAUAUAUACCAUACACGCCAAGAAUCACACUGACGCACAUUUAUAGGCAAGCUAGAUUUUAUUUCUAUUUAAUAAUAUAUGUUGUAUUAGUUUUAAACAUCUGCCAUACACAAGAGUUUCACUCAAUUUUAUUUAAAGUUAUCUCUUUUAGUUAUUAAAAUUUUUAUUUACAUUACCAAAAUCAACCUUUAUUUCACUACUGAAAUAAUGUUUAUAAAAAAACUUUUAAUUAUUACCAUAAUUCUAGCAUAGAUGAUACUUUCAUAAAAUCACAAAAAAAGUUGUAACUUUCACAAACUGGUGAACUUUAUGCGCGACACAACAAACACGUGCAUUUAACAACUUAUUUCCUCGGCCUGGAUGUCAGCCGAGAGCUCGCGAGGCACAAUGCUCAAUGGUUCUGUUAGGUGUACAUAGUAGUUAAUUUAUUGCGCUAGUUUAGUUACGAGAAGUAGGUGAUUGUAGUUUUACUUAUUUUAUUUAUUUUUUCUAUCCGUGACCUUUCAAUAAAAAUAUUUAAUAAAUGGCACAAAUUUUUGCUAAUGUAAGUGAAUUUUGUUGUAUUUAAUUAUUUAUUAUUGUACAGUAAUUUGUCAUCACCUCAGAAAUAAAUUGCAUUUUAUAUAUUCUAGCUUUAAAAUAAAAUAAUAGACUUGA